AUGGAUUCUGUACCUAAUCGUGCUCCCUCCAACCUUCAGGGACCUCCGGUGAAACGGCGACUGUCUUCCCGUUCGCCAUUGGACAAUAGUGAUCUCGUCGAUGCAGUCAAGUGUCUGUCCUCCGACAAACAACUUCCCUUGCACGUCAAGACUAUUUUAACUCAUCUUCUCAACAAAAGCACGGCCAUGGAAGAUCUUGUUCAGCAGAAUAGGAAAUUGGAAGAAAAUUUCCGUGAGCAAACGCUUGAUAAUGAGGGAUUAAGGAAGGAGAUUGAUGUUUUGAGACUAUCUUUAUGUAAGAAUGGUAAUAAUCCUCAGUUGACUACACAGUCUUCCCCUGUUGUUGAAAAUCUCUCUACGAAUGUUCAGGGUAACUGCAAUAUUGUUGUUCUGAACAUGAGCGCUCAAGAUUUGUUGUGA